CUUUUUGAAUCGUUUUGAAUCGCUGUGGAUGCCGGUGCCCAGCAACCUGGCGCGUGGUGCGGCCGGGCGCCGUUCCUGGGCUGGUGAGUUUGCCUUGGCCGUUCGAUGUGAGGAUCCAGCUUCUGCCUUGGCCAAUCCUCACACCUGGCAACGUGUGGCCUUGCCUGUGGCAGACUAUCCGGAGCUGGACGCCCUGCCGUUGACCAAGACGCUGGUGCCCGAGGCCCCCAAGCGCACCUACCGGCAACGAGUGGAGCCUUGGCGGCCUUGCUACUCCGCUUCGACUCGCACCUGGAUGAAGCCAAGAGCACGGUCCAUUGGGGCCAACGGAAGCUCUUCAUGGCCGAGCUGGAGCCCUUGCCUCGAAGGAUUAGCGUCUUUCAGGACCAGGAUGGACCGAUGGACUCGCAGGACCGACCAAUCGCCGAUCCUCGGAUCAGUGAUGGGUGCUUGCAGUACUUGGACUGGAUUGGACUGCAGGCUUCUCCUGGAUUUUGCCAGCGAAGCGCAGUUGUUGGUGUAUGCAGGUGCUGCCGAAGGCCAGCACUUAGCGUUCCUGUGUGAGCUCUUCCCGGAAAUCGAGGUCGAAGCCUGGGACCCGCGGCCCUUUGCCCCAUCGGCGGUGCCGCCGGAGGCGCCGGAGAAUCUGCACGUCCACCAGGAGUAUUUUACAGAUGAUGUGGCCAAGGACUUGGCAAACAGAGAUGUCCCCAUCCUUUUCGUGAGUGACAUCCGUACGGCCAACUGGCAAGUUGAUACAACUGAAGAGCACGACCGCCGCUUGCUGGCCGACCUUCAAGCGCAGCAGAGAUGGGUGGAAGUGCUCCACCCCAAACGAGCUCUUUUGAAGUUCCGCUUUCCGUACACACCUGGCUGCACUGAAACACUGGACGGAGAGUUGCGUUUGCCUGUCUGGGGCCCCCAGACCACGACGGAGUGCCGCCUCUUGGUGACACCUCGCCAGGAAGAGCCGCAUUUCGCGACCAAAAGCUACGAUCACCAGUGCCUCUGGGAGCAGCUCUUCUACUUCAACACGGUCACCCGCAUCUCCAUCUAUCCAAGACCAGACUUCGUCCAGGAAGCGGACGAAGCUGCAUUCAAGACCGCCGGGCUGUGCCGAUGCUUUGACUGUAGCAGAGAGGUUGACCUGCUGGCCAGCUACUUGAUGCAACGCCGUGAGGUGGACUCUUCAGGAUUGGCCGCAGCGGUGGUCGAACUGGCACGAGACGUGUCCAUUGGCUGCGGCCGUGGGCCAAGUGGCUUGCUGGAUGCACCAAAGGCACCCUGGCAGGUUCAAGCCGAAAAAGAUGAUGCGCAGAUGCCGCCAACGAAGCGGGUCAAAAGCGGCAGCUCUGAGUUUGUACCAAUAAGUUUCUGUCAGGAUGAACAGGCAACACAUACCUGUGGGUAUGAAAGGGCUGCUCUGCCCUGCAGGCAAGCCUUACUGUUCAAAGGGCUUUCUCUAGAGCGUGGACUGGUACGCGUCAAUGGUCUAUACCGUAGAAGCAGAGGUGGUCACACCAUCUUAGGACUUUGCUCACUCUAUCACAAGGAACCUUCUGUUUAGCAUCAUGAGGUUGGUCCCGUGUUUGAAAUCCAUUGGGAUGGUGAAAUGCAACUACGGG